AUGGCCCUCUUCAUCCACUUCGGGCCCAACACCUUCACGGACUCCGAGUGGGGCUCCGGUCACGCCGACCCCGCCGUGUUCGCGCCGUCCGCGCUCGACGCCGGCCAAUGGGCGCGCGUCGCGGCGGAGGGAGGGUUCGGCCGCGUGGUGCUCACGGCCAAGCACCACGACGGGUUCUGCCUCUGGCCGUCGGCGCUGACGGACUACUCGGUGGCCGCCUCGCCGUGGCGGGGUGGGGCGGGGGACGUCGUCGGCGAGCUCUCGGCCGCCGCGCGCGCGGAGGGGAUCGGGCUGGGGCUGUACCUGUCGCCGUGGGACCGCCACGAGCCGGUGUACGGCGACACGGUCGCGUACAAUGAGCACUACAUGGGCCAAAUGACGGAAUUGCUCACCAGGUAUGGAGAUGUGGAGGAAGUUUGGCUUGAUGGUGCAAAGGGCGACGACAUGUACAUGGAUUACAUGUUUGAUGCCUGGUUUGCGCUUAUCCAUCAGCUCCAGCGAAGGGUGGUUAUCUUCUCAGAUGCUGGACCAGAUACUAGAUGGGUAGGAGACGAGGCGGGGAUUGCGGGCCGUACUUGCUGGUCUCCUUUCAACAAGACUGUUGUGACAAUUGGACAUAUCAUUCCUGAAUACUCACAAAGUGGGGAUCAAUUUGGUGAAGAAUGGGUUCCUGCAGAAUGUGAUGUUUCCAUCAGGCCAGGAUGGUUCUGGCAUGCCUCAGAGAAACCAAAAAAUAUGCAAGUCCUUCAGGAAUUCACCGAGAUCCGACAGACAAUUUUCUCUCACAACUUUGCUGCCAACGCGACUGUCACAGCAAGCAGUGUGCGUGGUGGGUUGGAGAACCUGCAGUUUGCACCCUCCAACGCCCUCCGAGAUAGCAUAUACUCCUACUGGGCACCACAGGAAGGGCAGACAAGCUGGGAAAUGCUCUUCGACCUCGGGCGAUCCACUUCCUUCAACUUGCUCCAGCUCCAGGAGCCUAUCCAGAUGGGCCAGCGUGUGAUCGAGUUCCAUGUGGAUGUCCUACUGGGUGGACUGUGGCAAACAAUUCUUGAAGGCACGACAAUUGGGUACAAGAGGCUGCUCCGGUUCCCUGCCGUCGAAGCCCGGUACCUGAAGCUAUGUGUCGACAGUGCACGUGCAGACCCACUGAUUGCAUUCGUCGGCGUUUUCAUGGACCCCUUCUCGGAUGCAUAUGGUUUAGACCAUGAGAAGCCAUCCCAUACUAAUAGCAGUGAAGUCAUAAUGUUAAGGAGAGGCCAUGCUGCUGCCAACAGGAGUACUGCUGCAAUGUAA